AUGGUGCACACUGCAAGCCGAGCCAAUCGCAAUGGCCCCGCAGAGAGCAAGGCAGAGAGCAAGGCAGAGAGCAAGGAAGACAAGGAAGCAGACAAGGAGGAAGGCAAGGACGACAAGGCAGAAGCAGCCGAGGGCUCCAACGACACCAACGCCACAGACGAGCCAGAGGUGGUGCUGAAGCAGAAGAAGAAGAAGCAUGAGAAGAAGCUCAAGCUCGAGAGGAUGGACUACAAGCCCAAGGCUUUGUCCGAGGAGAAGAUCGAGCAGCUGCAGAAGCGUCUCAAGGAGCUCCAGGAGCACGAGGAGGAGGUUGCGGCCAUGGCGGGUCUGCGAAACGAGCUGGAGGCCUACAUCUACGGCAGCCCGAGACCUACGGCUCGGCGGUAA